ACACUAUCAGUUACUUGUGCAAUUUUGGAAGGAUGAGGAAACACAUUAGCAUCCACAUCGUCAAUCUUCUACUUAUUCAUUUAAUUUAUCUUCAAAAUGUUCUAGCAUAACCAACCAAAAAUAGAACUAUUAGUUGUCACUAUUUUAUUAAAAUGAUAUUUUUUCAGCAAACUAAAUUGCAUAUAAACACAAUUUAUGAAUUUAUAUUUGUAGAGAGCUACAUACCCCCUUCAAAAAAAAAAAACAAUGGUGUAAUUUUUUUUACCUAAUAACAACAUAGACGGAUUGUAAAAGUUGCAUACUUCAAUAAAACUCAACUUAUUGUAUCUUGUAAAAUCUUCAUUCAUGAAAACAAUUGAUGCAUCAAUCCAAAUGGUUGUUGUCAAGAAAACGAUCAGGCCAAAAUUGAGUUUUAGUUAGGGAUUCAUUUAGGAAAAAUUUUCAUGCUAAGGAAACAAACAAAUGUCAUUGCAAACGUGUAGAAAUUGAAAAAACGUCGAGAUAGACAACUUAGAGACUACCACCAUCAUUUUCUUUCUUCUUUGCACCUUUAUAAAAACUCACAUGUGUCCCUUCUACUUAUAACCCUCUACUACGUUUUACUUACUGACCAUAUCAUAAUCAUAUAGGUAGUAGCAUGUCACUCAUGAACAUAAUAAACAACCCUAACAACUCUGCUUUCCAUUUUAUCAUCCACGGGAUUGGGAUGCAAUAGGCAAGUAAAAUGAUCAAUUAUUCAACCAAAGGAGAGAUACUCUAAGUCCAAGCAAUAAACCAUUCCAAUUGUCUAUUACAUUUUUACAUAAAAGUAUACAACAUAAAGAACCAUAAAACAACUACCUAAAAACCCAAGAGAAAUACAUUCAUUGAUUUGAGCAGAAAAUUUUACCAUCCAGCCGUUGUAAUCUGGAACAAAUUAAGAAACAAAUGGAAAGAAGAGUUUAAUAUGACCAGUCAACCGCAAACAACCACAUAUCUCUAGGAAAAAGAGACCAGUUGUCAACUACAGAUUAAGGGUGAAGAGGGAGCAAUGAGCAAUCACCGACUUCAUUCAAUUCAUCUUCGCAAUGAUAGGAUGAGAAUUUUUAGUCAAUAGUCAAACAUAUGUUACAGAUGCUAUAUUGUAUCCCAUCUAAUCAUUGUCUCAAGUAACUCCACCCUCAUAUUCUCUAACAAAGAGUAAAAACUCAAUAUGCCUUACUAUUUCAUUUCCUGUAUCUGCUUGAAAAAAAGUAGAGAAAAGAAAUGCUAUAAAUCUUAGGAUUUUGAGGAAAUAAGAAAAAAGAUUUGUUUGUUUUUAUGUGGCUUGAUCCAAUUUCUUUAUUUUCAAUGUUGCACUUUAUUUUUAUAGAGAUAAUUUGUAUGAGAAAAGGAAUAUGAACAAACCAAAAUGUUGCAUUCCGUGUUAUUAACUUAAAUUACGUUUUAUUUAUAAUAAUGACAAUUUAAAGAGUCAACAAAAAAUUAUAUAAGCAAGAAUUAGAAUUUGUCCACUAUGGAAAGGUGAGAGCUAGCCAUUUGUUGAUGUGACACUAAUUUAAUUUUAAAUUCCUAUAAGAUUAAGUAAUGAUGAUUUAUAAUUAUUUGAAAUUUUUUAUAUACGUUUAACAAUUCAUAAAAAUAUUGUGACAUUUCACAUACAUGUGAAUUCUUGGAUGUAUUGUAGACAAAUUUAUUGUAAAUACAAAUUGCUUACUGUUACAAAAUAGAAAAUUCCUAUUUGAUACUUUGAUAUUGAAAAAGGUUUUAUUAUUGCCAAAAGUUGCCAUGGAGUCAUAGAUACGCACCAUAUAACCAAAUGACUAUUUAUAAUUGCCUUAUUAAACUCAUGCUUAUUAGAAAUUCUUCAUUUUAACGCAAUACCUUGAUUUAGAUUCUUGUAACUAUAAAAAAAAAUUGUUUAGAUAUCUCACCUAACAUGCUUAUAUUUAUUUAUUGUCUCAAUACUCAAAUUUUGAUUUGUCUAAAGAUAUUCCACUAUUAAAUGAAAAUUGUCAAUCCUUAUUGGAUCAAUGCCUAGGUCAGUGAUUGAUGAAACAUGAUGUUUAUCGUAUAUUCUCAACAAAUAAUUCUUUAACAUUCACACGUGUCAUUUUUUAAGAUGUAUUGUGUCUCGGCUUAAGGUAUGAAGUCAAAGUUUGUCAAAACUCAUACUUAAGUCACUUUGAAAACUUUGAUGUAUAAUCCCUCGAUAAUAACUCUAAAUCCGAAAAGAAAAUUUAUUAGCAUAUUUUUUAUGACCUCAAUUGAGUAUGCUCAACCAAAUCAUCUAAAUCAAAUAUUUUAAUGUGAACUUAAACCAAAUUAUAAAAUAUUGCACAUGAUUACUCUUCUUUUGUGAAAUUUCAGGUAGAAUAUUAAUAUAUUUUUUUCACUUAAUCGGGAUGAAUAGAAAAAAUUUUAAGAAAUUAUUAUUAUUCGAUCAAGUUAUAUUCUGAAAAUUAUUUUAUUAUAUGAAAUAAUUAUUUAUAUAACAACUAUUUUAACUGGUAGACAUAUAUAUUAUAAAGAAGUAUAAUAAGAGAAUGUUUAAUAUAUAAAUUCAUAUAUUUCAUUUUUCAAAGUCGAUUGAUUGUCAAACGUUUGAUUUAUCUCUUUGUGUUGUUAUAUUUUAUUUAAUAGACAAAGAUAUUAUUAUUUAUGUGUGUAUUUCUUUAAAAUUUUCAUCAAAAUUUAACUUAUUAUUAAGUUUUGGUUAAAUGAGUAGAUAAUUUAUUUGAUAAGAUUUAAUCAUAUAUUUAUUGUUUAAACAAACCCGAUAUAUGUUAUUCUUUGUUUCCAUCUUUAUAUUUUGUUUAAUUGACAAAAAUAUUAUUGUUUAUGCUUGUUUUUAUUUACAUUCUUAAUGUAACUUAUUAUUAAUGUUGAGUAAAAGUGAGCAUAAAUACUAAAAGAAGAGAGAGAUAACUUCAUAAAUCAAUAAUAAAUUUUUUUGGUAGUAAAAACAUGUCCACCUAGGCAACUUGUUAUUUCUCCAAGUUCUUAUGUGCCAAGAAGUUACUUUUGAAUUGUCAUAAUAUAUAGUAUAGAUAGAUAGAUAGAUAGAUAGAUUUUAUUAACUAUUCCUGUGGGUAUGCUAUAGCACGAAGAAGCUUUUUGAAAUUGAAGUUAUUGAAUUCUUAUAUAAAAUUUUAGAGCCACAUUUCAAAUUUUCGGAAAAACAUUUAGGGCCACAUUUUAAAUUUUUUAUUAGGGCCUACGAAUAUCGUGGGUCAGCCCUGUCUAUCAUGACCACGUGGUAGCAUCUCAUCAUAAUCACCAGCCAAAUCCUCUUCAAGUUGACCAUAAUGUUGAUUUUAAAAAUCAAAUCCUCUUCAAAAGCUUCGAUUGCAUACGCGGAAUCCUUGGCGGCGUUUAACAGUGGCGCAGAGGUGGUAGUAGUUUCUGGUCUGUUGUUGGUGAAAUUUAAGCUGCGAUUAGCUCCUCAGCUGAUGGUGGGUGAUGUCGAUUGUGCGGCAGAAAUCACGAUCUCCUCUACUACGGUAGUCGAGGUCGCGACUAUGAUUGGUGGUGCGACGUCGACAACUUGUGUUAUAGUUGUGGUUGCGAAAUAGAUGAUGGUUGACGCUAUGAUGGAUAAGUAGCAGCAUCGGUCUCCAACUCGGUAGUUGGCGACCUCAUGGAGUCUGCGCAGUCAGCGCUAUACCUAUCAACAUAUCGGUCAUACAUAGUGAUAAAUUUUGAAUACAACAUUCUUAAUGUGUGUCACUGCCUAUGAGUCACCGUCUCAUUCUUCAACAGGCACGCGGUCAGAGUCCGUCUCUCCCACUGCUUGGGAACUUACUGUUCAUGUUCUAUUUCACUCCUCGACGUUGUCGGAGAACCAGAUUCUAAUACCAAUUGUUACAAGACUCAAUCUUUGGUCUCCGUAAUUUGGAUACGUGCUCAACGCUCUCGAUUAGAGGAUCCCCUUAAUGGCGAGAAUCGUUUGGAGGUUGAGAUUCUCCAAAUUUAUCUAUUUAAUCAAUUUGUGUAUUCUAAUUUGAUGCAUUGAUUAAAUGUAUGGUUUUGGACAAUACCUUGUUUGGAGAUUUAUAUUGUAUUUUUUUUAUAAAGAACAGUUGGGUGUAUAAUCCCUUAUCAACAAUCUCACCUUUUAGUAGAGAUUGAUAAUCAUUAGUAUUGAGUGAUUGUAUGUGGGCCCAUGAAAAAGAUAAUACAUGUAUUCUAUCUAAAAUGUAACAAAAAAAUGACUUAAUCUUGACAUUACAUGAAUUGGAUAAAUACAUAAUUUAAAAUCUCAACCUCCAAACGACCAUUACGAAAUUAGUAAUUGAAUAACAAAGCAUGAAACAUAAAUUGAGUUCCAAUUUUCUCAUAUUGUUAAUCAUAAAAAAAAACACAUAUUUAUAAAGUUACACAACCAAAUUCGUUUUCUUCUCACCCUACCCUUUUGCAUCUCUCUACAUCCUUUUCCUACUAGAAUUCCCACUCGUCUCUUACAAGAAACAUUAAUUAAAUACUAAACAACCAAGAAACAUUAAUUAAAUACUAAACAACCAACACACCUCCUACUAAUCCAACUAGGACACCUAUAAGAACUACUAAUUAUAUCAAAACACCCUAAAUUAAUACGAUACACAUAAUUAUAAAAGAAAAAUAUGUUAACUCAUACACAAGCCCAGAAAUUGUCGAAUUAUCAUGAUAACUUGUCUCGUAACACCAAUCACGACAAUGACAGCUUGUGUGGUAGCUGUGUUAAUGAAAUCAAUGACAGUCGACGUAGCGAUGUAUGGAGCAUCAACAGUCUCCAACUCGACAGUUGGCAACCUCAUGAAGUCGAUGCGGUCAAUGCAAUACCUCUCCACAUAUCAAUUCUACAUAGCGACAAAUUCAAAAACGGCAUUCUUAAUGGGAUGUCAGAGAACCAGACUCUGAUACCAGCUAGUACGAGACACAAUCUUUGGCCUGCGGACAUUGGAUACAUUCUCGACGCUCUCGAGCAGAGGAUCCUCUUAAUGGAAAGAACUAUACCAAAUACUACUAAAGUAGUAUAAUUGAAUAACAAAGCAAGAAAUACUCUUCUCGUAGUAUUACUCAUAAACAAACCACACAUUUAUAAAGUUACCCAACUAAAUUCGUUUUCUUCUCACCCUAGCCUUUUGCCUCUCUUCUCUUACAAGAAACAUGAAUUAAAUACAAACAUCUCCUAAUCCAGCUAAGACACCUAUAACUACUAAUUAUAUAGAAAAACACCCUAAAUUAAUACGAAAUACAUAAUUAUAAAAUAAAAAUAUGUUAAUGAUACACAAUCCCAAAAGUUACCGAAUUAUCACGAUAAAUUGUAUCAAAACUA